AAACUUUUGAAUCACAAUCUUAUAUCUACGAUUAUACCAUUACGCGCUCGAUAAAAAUAAAUAAUAAAAUCUUAUUUUGUUUACUGUUUUGCGAAAAAACUAUGUAUAUUUUUUCGGAUUAUUGUCGAUAAGAAAGAGGAAGGGGAUUGCGAGGAGAAAAGGCGAAGAUACUUUCCCGGGGAAAUUUGUAUUCUAUCACGCGUAACUCAUAUUUUACUUCCGAGUGGGAAUUUGUGUCUGUCGCGAUAAAACGGAUGUUCGUGUUCGUUGAAGAACGCCUACGGAUGCUGUUUAAGGGGCACGUUUUUUUCGUAGAAAAGUAAAUGAGAAAUAAAAUUUUAUUAUUUACUUUUAUUGGCCGAUUGGAAUAUUUAUAAAAAAAAUGUAGCCUCAGGGUCGAGCACACUUGGAUCUGAAAAUAUCGGCAUUAUCGUGACGAAAAUCGAUAAAAUCAUACGAUAAGAUCAAUAGAAGGAGGUCGAUGUCGCGACAGGAAGUUAAGUCACCGCAUAUAUUAAAGAUAAAUAUUAAAUCAUCCUAAUUCUCUUUAAUUAUUUGUAUUCAUUCUCUCUUUAUUUGAUUGCUAAUUUACGAUCUCUUUUGUCACUUGAGUAAUACCGAAAGAUGCACGCGCUAGCAUUUUCUUACAAUAUUUUAUCGCGCCGGAUACGUAACUUACACACUGUUAUCUUAUUUUGUUUUCCGCGUGCACAACGCUCAUACGAAAAUUGUUAUUAUUGGCAGUACGAUAUGCGCCGUCCAUGCGAAGAGGCUAAAAAUUGAAGUCGUAUCACUCCGAUUUACGACCUGUGCACUACUAUCUCUUGGGUGUGUGCGCGAUUUCAACGAAAUCGAACACGCCAUUUCUCGAUCGUUCGUAUCAACAAUUCGAAUGCGCCGCGCCGAUUCUCUUUCUGUUCAGAAGCGCCAUAAAUUUAUUUCGGUUUGACUCGACUCUUUUGGAAUCGCACCUUCGAGAAUAAAACACCUCUCAAGGUGCGAUAAUGAUGUAAAUUCACGACUGUGUGCCAAUUUGUUUAAACCUUGGAUGAGACUUCCUAAUGUAAAUUUUUUAAAACUUUAACCAGCCAAAAAAUGUUUUUGUGAACAUUUUUAAAAAUGAGUAUUAUUGAAAGGUAAUUUUUAAGAAGAAGUAAAAUAUUUGAUUGAAAGUAUUAAAAAAAUAAAUUAUAAAAAAUUGUAAUAUAUUAUAAAUAUUGUAACGUCUUAAAAACUCCUUUUAAACAUUCAAAUGUAAAAUGAUUGAGACUAAGAUGGAAAAUAUUAAUACAAUCAAAUUGUAUUUUAGUGCUUUCCGAAUAAAAAAGAAGAAUGAAAUUUUCUAUCCAAUAAGUUUGAUCAUUUCUAGUGAUUUUAACAAUUUAUUUCUGAUUUUUUAAUUUUCGAAGUAGGAAAUUUUCUAUUUCUCAAUCGAAGCUUUAGAUUGUAAUUUCAAACGAUAAGAUACGAAGUUCAGUUCUCUCGCACUCGUGUGUCCGGUACGUUCCGUACAUUAUUUCCGAUCAACAGUCCAACAGAUUGAUCAAAGUUUCUUUGCCUUCACCCCUCUGCGCCAUUCUUCAGUCUCUCGUCUGCUCCAAUCCUCUUUUUUUUUUGUUGGAAUAUAUUGAUGUAUGUAUAUGUACAUAUCGCGUUCGGCGAGAUCCGUCGAUGCCUGACGAAGUACAUACAAGCAGUUAUCAGUCGCUUUACGAACGGUUGCUAUGCGAUAUGGUGGUAGGGGACAGGGGUUCUCGGAGUCACCUACUACUAGCUCGACCAGUCAGAAGUCAGUGUAAGAGCCGGCCGGUCGUGCCGGCUCCUUUUACUGUGUCUGUCCUCACGCAUACGCUCCUUUCGCGGUGCCUUCGCAACUUUGUCGCUCCGAAAAAAAUCCUUGUACGUUUGACCGGUUCGAAUUUACGACCGAUCCACGGAACGGUUGCCCGUGAGCGAUAAAAAAAUUAAGGAAAAGGCAUCUUCAUAACUAUUCGCGUUCCGUUCUUCAAAUUGAACAACGACGUUCGAAACCCGUUAAGUUCGGAAAGACUCGCGCUAAAAAAAGAAGGAAAAGAAAUCGUGACAUAUUUAGAAAACGGAAUCGUUUUCGAGAGACCAACUGGAUGGUCUCUCGGUACCAGUUGAGGAAUGGGAGUUUGGGAUUUUUGAGUUUACGGUAGCGUCGCAUUUAAUUUAAAUUCUGUGCGUUGCUACUGACGUCGAAUGCCAGCGCGGAAGAUUCGAAGAAAAUAAACACAAAGUACGUAGGUUUGAGAAAAUUUUUUCAAAACGAAAUCAUGAGCAAAAAAAUGUGCGAAAACAAUAUGACUUACUGAAUUGUAUUGUGUUGUGCGUUGGCUUUGUUCGUGUGAGGUCGUCAUCAUAUGGCGGAACGUCAUGAGCAUUAUGAUAUACUUUUAUUCGUGUCGGGAAUUGUCGUGUGUGAGGAUACAAGAGUGGAUUCCAUAUCUAAGAAUAAAUCCUAUCACUCAAUUAUACCGAUAUAUAAAUAAUAUUCUUCGUAUUUGAUGAACCGCAAAUAUGCCGGCCUGCACGGAACUCCAUGAUCGUCGAUGGUACUACGAUUUGUGCGACGUGAUACAACGUCACUGAUCCUUUACGUGCAAGUUUUUGGAUAAGAAAUCGUCAAUUAGUAGACGAUAUUGCGGAGGAAAAUGAUCGUGACACAGAAAGGAAUCCAGGAUGAGUCGAAAACGUCUGCGGAACAAACCAAAUCGAUGAACGGCAACUCGGCCAGCCUGCCGGCAGGCCGAGGCAACGACUUGACCUCGCCCUUGCCGUUGGAGGGUAGGCACGCUGAGGAAACGUCCGACGCCACUGUCCUUAAGAUGGACAGCAUGGACUCAGCGGGCAACGCCCGCGGACCCUCCUGCGGUUUGGUCAGCUCUCUCCUUCCCAGCAGCUGUCGAGGUAGUGCGGAGGCGUUCGCCCGGUGUCUUCAUCGACGACUAACGUCACUGGGCAACGAGAACGAUUCGCCCGAACGGAGCGCGGAUGCCGCCAAACCGUGCGAGACCUCCUGGUUGCAUCCAUCGUCGAGUAAUCGGCACGUAAUCGCCAGUAAUCUUACCAAUAAUCAGCAUCCGAUCUUUCAGCAUCAGCCGCGACACAGUUCGGAAUUGGAUCUCUUUUACGAUAUUGAAGUAGAAGAGGCAGAAGUGGAUGGACCGGGAUCGCCCCCCGAGGAAGCGACCGCCGCCGAAUUGGCGCAUCUGCUGGUAAACCCGGAGAGCUUGAAGGCAAGUCAUCACGACGCCUGUCAUUGUUCGCCUAGCGGAACCAAGAUGACGUCUGGCGUCACAGGCGCUCAUCAAGAUCCCGAAUCCUGCGUGUUCGCGUCGCCGAUAACCGGUACGCCACCUGACAGUGACUCCUCGGAGGUGUUCUUUGAUCCAGAGUCCUCGGAUGCGGAUAAAUCGAAGGGCGAAGUCUAUUUCGAUCCUAUCAGCAGCACUUCGGACAGCGAGACUACGAAUCUCUCCAAUGCUUCUGCUCUCGCGAGAACCAAACUUACGUUGAACGGACGCGAACGCAAGCGAACGGAAAUGCAUCCGGAACGCUGUGACGACACAACAUCUGAAUCGAGUUGCUCGUCGAGAAGAAACCCUGCGUCUUGCGAGAAUGGUCGCCGGCAAGAAGGAUUGGUCUGCAGUUCAGAAGACUCAUUGAACGGCAGAAGCUCUCAGGAAACGACGUCGCCUAGUCACGAGUCUCUGUGGAGCACAUUCGACGACAGUACCGUAUCUCUGCAGGACGAGAGUCCAUCUAGAACGAUCCAGGAUUCCGUUAUCCCUCAUAUCUGUUUGCCCAAAUCUCAUUCUGAUUCUGAACUACCGAAUAAUGGCAUCAGCACAGUGCAGGUAUUUAACAAACUCGAUAAACGAGAUGAGGAGGAAGAAAAGGAAGAAGAGAUGAAUGAACGUGAGGUCGAUGACGUUCACUGUAUCAAUGGUAUAUCGAAGAACGUGAUGUGCGAGGUCAGAAACGGCAGUCUUUUCAUGACGCAAGAUGUUGAGACUGACAGUGACCUAACAGUGAAGGAUGAUUCUUUUAACGGCGCUGAAAACGUGGUUAACGUAAUUGAAAAUAUGGACAAUGGAGAACGUAUAGAAUUGAAAUCUGAAACGUUACCAAAGAAUUUAUCGCAAUUAAAAGUGGAGGAGAUUACCAGUGAUACCGAUACCGAUCAUUCAUCUUACGGUAGUACCAUUGAUAUUUCGGAUGCGCUUACGAUGGAACGUUCGAACUUCGAUGCUCCAGUGACCGAGGCGAUCUCGAGGAACGAGUUAAAGCUAAAAAUUGAGAAAAACGAUAGCGACGAGGAAAAGCUGUGCCUGUUACUAAAGAAAUUUGGCAGCAGUUCUAUCGCGAAAGAAGAGGAUUCAUCUCCGGAACAAGAGAGUCACAGCGAGAUAGUGGAGGAAGAGGAAGACAGACCGCAAAGAGUUCGAAGGUGUUCCUCCUUGAAGACAGGAAAAACGCCACCGGGUACACCGCACAGAAAGAAGAUCGUCAGAUUCGCUGACAAGCUUGGUCUCGAUCUAGCCGAUGUGAGAAUGUUUAUGGACGAAAUACCGAAGAUACCUAACUCCGCGUACAGCGACCUGAUCUACGAUGACACCUUUCGACCAGACAGUAAUACGGAUAAUACAGUGUCCACUGGUGAUGACUGGUGCGACCGUUAUCCGAAUGAUGGCAGGCGCAGAUCUACGCCGGCGAUACCAAAAAAGAUCGAUCGAAUGUUGGUGCCACUUUUUCAACAACCGGGCGGUUUGUCGAACUUCCUGGAUAUAGUGCGCGAGCGUAAGGUUUGUUUGGAAAAUGUGGUGAUACAGGACCCCGUGACCUUGGCACUCCAGGGCACGGUGCGCGUAAUCAAUCUUGAUUUCCAUAAGUCCGUACAUGUGCGAUAUUCCCUCAAUUCUUGGCGGAAUUUCAGCGAUUUGCAGGCGACCUAUGUGCCUAACUCGUGCGACGGCUUCAGCGACAAAUUCUCUUUUAUUCUGUAUUGCCACACGUUACUGGUUGGUCAGAGGCUCGAGUUUGCAGUUCGAUUCCAAUGCAAAGGCGCGCAACAUUGGGAUAACAACGCUGGUGCCAAUUACUGCUUUCAGUGUCUGCCAGCCUCGUCAUCAACUGGAUAUAUACCGAUCACCGCCGACGAGUGUCGACGUGGAAGCUGGACGUCGACGUUUUACUGAUAGACGUUCAGAUCAUGCGUUUGUCUGAUUCGAUAAUACGAGUGAUAUAUGACAACGACGUGGCUCCGGGAACAAACUGAUCAAGUUGUUGAAGAGGCUAAUGACGAGCGAGUUUGCGGUAGUCAAUGGUUUUUACACGUUCCUAAAUAAGUGCUUUGUAACGUGCUUUGUAAGUGCAAAAUGGAAUAUUCGAAAUCUAUUAUUGUUGUCUACUGCUUCAGGGAGCUUUCGGAGAGUUUUCGAAAUAUUCAAUAGCAUAUCUUGAUCUUUGUAAGGAUAUCGAGCAUGAAACAUUAUUGGGAUAAUAUUUUUUAGAAAGGAAAGAUUAUAGUAGCAAUUAUAAUAGCAAUUUUUCAAACGGCCGACUACGAAAAAAAUAGCAACGAAUGAAAAAAUAUGUAUUUGAUUGUGGAUUAUGGGAACAAUGACGUAACUGUUACGAUAAACGAAUGUCUUCGUAAUGAACGGAUGGAGUUGCUCAAUUAUGAAACAAUUCUACGUUCCUGAGUUUGAUAAUUGAAUUAGUAUCUUGGAAGCAAAGAAAUAAUACAUACACGCGCGCGCGCGCGCGCGCACACACACACACACACACACACACACACACACACACACAACGCGCGUGCGUACGCGCGCACUGUGAUUUAUCAGGUAAAGUGUGAAAGAUAUUGUAUGUUCAGAUACAAUAGGGCCUGUUUAAGCUUAUUUUUCAGUUUGACAAAAAUUCACUUUCAAAAAGUACCUUUAAGAAAUAGUAUAUAGAUUAACAUCAGAGACUGCUGUCAAAUAGUCAAAUAUUUUCUUUCCGAAAUUUCUUUUCAAAGUAUGUACUACGAGAUUGUGAAAAUUAUUUCCGCCUUUCAUAUAAUUUGUCUCAAACUGUAUUUGUUAAGUCGAUGGAGAUUAUAAUUUUGAAAGUUAGAAUCCUUUCAAUGAAGUAAAAAGCGAAUACUCGUCUGAAAGUUCAAAGUUGUGAAAAGGCAUGAAUAUGCCAAUACAAUUGAUAGGAAAUGUUAAGGAUAAAUAGACGGUUUAUAUGUUCCUAUGGAGUAUCUUUGCAGAGUUUAUGUCAGAGUUAGGGAUGAUAGAUCAUUCAUUUGAUCGCAUGAAGAAAUCGCAUGUGGCCGCGAUUUUGUUAGCGUUGCCCAAUACAACGACGAUAGACGAUAAUAAAACGAACACAGAUAUAAUAAUAUUAGUUCUUAUUAGCGACGUCGUACGAAUUUAGACAUCAACGUGGAUGUUCCAUGAGAUACUACAUACAGAGACAUUUAUACAUACUAUUUCUUCAGAAUAUUAAUUGUGUUCGGUAUUGACUGAAACAUGCGAUUGAAAUUCAAUUAAUGUCUCUAAAGAUGUAUUAAUAUCUCGAUUUGACAUAACAUUAUAAACAUUUUCAAUCGCCUAUUCUCUUUGCCAAAUAUCGAUUUACUCCGAAAAGAAAUUAACUUCAAUAUUAUUUAAUGUUGAAAAAUAAAAAAAUUUAUAAAAAAUAAAACAAUAAUAUAUGUACAAAAACAAAUAUGCUAUAUAACUUAACGUGAUUUAUAUUCGUUUUCGCAAAUGGCACUUUUAGACUGAUAUUUUAUCGUGAUGGAGACUGUAUAGAAAAAGAGUUCCAUUUGGGAGCGAUAUGUUACUUUGUACAUAUAUUAUAUAUGCAUAUGUGUGUACAGGUAGCGUCAGUAUU